AUGGGGAAAGGACAAUCUAAUGAUGCCGAUUUUGAUGUGACCAAAUUCGGGGCUAUGCCUAAUACUGAUAUAUUUCAGGCCCUAACAAAUGCAUGGAAGGCAGCUUGUGGAUCCACAAGUCAAAGUCAAGUACUUAUUCCAGAAGAAACCUACAAAUUAAGUAAAAUUGAACUGACAGGUCCUUGCAAAAAUCGUAUCCAAAUUCAACUCCAAGGAAUAUUGCAGGCUCCUGCAGAUCUUGCUGAAGACAAUUGGAUUAGUUUUAAAUAUAUCGAUCAAUUUACCUUGACAGGUAAAGGAGUUUUUGAUGGACAAGGAAAAGUAGCUUGGGGGAAAAAUGAUUGCGCCAUAAACCCAAAGUGCGCCAAAUUUGCCAUAAAUGUGAGGUUUGACUUCAUCAAAAAUGCCAUCGUGAGUGACAUAACCUCCAAAGAUAGUAAAAGCUUUCAUUUUAAUGUAUUGGGUUGUAAGAACCUUACCUUCCAAAAUGUGAACAUAAAUGCACCAGAAAAUAGUCCCAAUACAGAUGGAAUUCACAUUGGUCGUUCGAUUGGUAUUAAUGUUAUAAAUACAAAUAUUGGUACCGGAGAUGAUUGUAUCUCACUUGGAGAUGGUAGUCAGCAAGUAGCAAUAACUAACGUAACAUGCGGACCUGGACAUGGUAUAAGUGUAGGAAGUUUAGGGAGGUAUGUUGGUGAAGCACCCGUUCAAGGAAUCAGAGCUAAGAAUUGUACGUUGAUAAAUACAACUAAUGGUGUUAGAAUCAAAACACGACCAUCUUCUCCUAGUCUUGGAGUUGCUUCUGAUAUCCAUUUCGAAGAUAUAAUAAUGGUCAAUGUCAUUAAUCCAAUGGUCAUUGAUCAAGAGUAUUGCCCCUCGAACCAAUGUGAUAAAAAGAAUCCAUCAAAAGUUAAGAUUAGCAAUGUUAGCUUUACGAAUAUCAGAGGUACUGCAGCGAACGCGCUUGCUGUCAGUUUUGUUUGUAGUUCGCAAUUUCCAUGUGAAGAUAUAAAGGUAACAGACAUUAACCUCACUUAUAACGGAAGUGGUGACCCUAUUUCAUCUACGUGUAAAUAUGUGAAGCCCAUAGUUUCAGGAAUACAAAAUCCUCAAAUUUGUUCUUCCCUUGUUUCGAGUCCUUCCAUACCUGCUUAA